GUGUAAGUGAUACAGAUAUUCCUUGAAGUAGUCAAGACUACAGGGGGCCUAGACACUCGUACUAGUUCGUGACGUGAGCUAAUUUAACCUCUUUUCAAGUUUAUAUUAAUCUGCUGGUAGUUGGUGUUCUUUUAGGCGGUUGCCACGGAGUUUGAACAGAGAUAGUCGACAAUGUGUACGACACUGAUGUGGUGAAAUGUUACAAAGGGAGGUCAUUUGAUCUGCCCGUAUAUAUAUCAGCAAUGUUAUCUUUGGGAUCACUCAUAUUUCUACUAGUUCUGUGCGAUGAUAGAGUUCUUGCAUUGAGAUGCCAACACUGUAUUGAAAGCAAUAAUGACCAGGGAUGUAACAAUACACAUUCCGUUGUCUGUACAACACAACAAGACGUAUGCAUGAUAAUGACCACGUGGAUUGAUACGCCAAACAGUAUGCAACUUUCAAAGUCGUGUAGCCACACUGAAGAAUGCAAAGGUUCCGAACAAAACAAAUCACCCACGUGUUAUCAGACACAAGAUGGAUGGGCAUGUGUAUUUUGUUGUCAUGGAGAUGAUUGCAAUAACGGAGGUGUCGGAGUGAUACCCCGACCUCCCCCGAUCCCACCCGUGCCUGAGCCUCUCAUAGAUCGUUUGGAUGGUGAUUGCGGUGACAAUAGCCGCGCCUGCGCAGUUGCGUUAACGUGGUCUGAACCCGAAAGUUUGGUAACUAUCAAUAAGUUUUGCUCUCAGCCGAGUAAUGAUGUAAUAACCGAGCAUUUUGAAUCGUCGUGUGACAAAGAAGAUAGCCCUGAUUUCUGCGUUUCUUGUUGCAUAUCGGAAAUGAACUCCUGUUUGAGCAAUGUGAACAGCGCCACCACCAGAGCUGUGGACAUUUUCUUUCUUUUGUUUGUAUCUGCAUCUGCUUUAAGUCAUGCCGUUUGA